GCAGCGAAUUUCAGUGUCCUCAAGGAUAGAGACGCAUUAUUAGCUGAGCAGAAGACAACGCAAGCAGCUCACACCAGGGAAAUAGACGGAAUGCGUGAAGAAAACGUCACACUGUCGCAUGAAUGCAGCACGCUUCGCAAUACCUUGAAAGAAUUGAUGAACGAGAACGAAACAUUAAAAACAUCACUUGCGGAAGCACGAACGGCAGAACGUGCCCAAGCAGUUGUCGAAACUUCAGCGCAUGUUCUCACCUCCAAGGAUCUCAACCAUUCGCCGAGCGAUUCAUUUGACAACUUCCCAUUGAAUAAUUCUCCAAUCGCACCAUUUUCAUUCGCUCCUCCUCAGAACUCAAUCAGCCCGCAGCAAGAAAUGUCAUUGAAGAGGUUGGCUUAUCUGGAAAACGAAGCCAUGCGCUGCACUCAGCUAGAAGAACAAAUAAGGAAGCUUGAGAAGUCUUUGAAGGUUCUCACCACUCAGUACAACGAGUUGUUGGAAGUGGACGGGGAAAGACUGGAGCGAAUCGAGGAGCUGGAGCAUGAUGUCACCGACCUACGUCAACUCUUGAAGGAUCAGGUCAGUCUGAGUUGA